CUUUUUUAGCUCUUUACUUCUGGGAGUACUGAGACGCCUCAUAUUGCCAUAAGUUAAAUUCUCCAACCAUUUUUUUUAAAAUCAUUCUGCUUGGAUUUAAAAAAAAUGCAUGCCAAUGUUGCUUCUGAUCGCGGAGGUGGAGGUGGGUCAUGGAGACUUCCCCCGGAUGAGACAUUGCAAGUUCAAGAUCCAAAGCAGAAAGAUCAGGACCUGGACUUGGAUGAAGGACACAACUGGCGUAGUAUAAUCUUCUCUUUAUUGGUUAUUAGUUUCGUAAUAGCUGGCAUAAUAACUGCUAUAUAUUUACUGGGAUAUGUGGAUGAACUACUAUAUUGGUCGGGUCGAAGAAUGAUUCUAGAUGAGUAUCUGCAAGGUGAAUUGACGCCAACCCGAUUACAGCCAUCAUGGGUGACAACGAAGAAAUAUGUCUUUCAAUCAGAUGAUGGGGGCCUUUCCCUAUUGGAUACUUCAGUAAACUCAAUAAAUAUUUUAGUUACAAAUCAUACCAUUCGUCAACUAAAUGUAAGGGGAUAUGAAUGCUCACACGAUCUGAAAUAUGUACUAUUCAGACACAAUGUAAAGAAGAUAUUUCAGAAAUCCUUUACUGCAUUUUACACAAUCUAUGACGUAGAUAAUGACCACCAUAUGCCUGUGAAGUUAAAAGACUCAUCGAAGGUGCAAAGAACCCGACUUCAAUAUGCCGCCUGGCUGGGAAACACAACUUCAAUCAUUAUUGUUGCUGACAACGAUAUAUUUGUAAGACAAUCUCCAUCCAUGGAAGAAGAUAUAAGAAUAACAAUGACAGGUCAAGAAAAUAAUAUAUAUAACGGAGUUCCAGAUUGGCUUUACCAAGAGGAAAUUUUUGAUAUACCGGAAGCUAUAUGGUCAUCCACUGAUGGAAGUCACUUUAUUUUCGCCUCAUUUAACGAUAGUCAUGUCGGAAUGAUGACAUAUCCAUGGUUAUCAUCUGGUGCCAUAAUUUCUGGUAGUGGUAUGUCAUCAGGAAGCUCAUUUCCUGAAACCAAAAAUGUGCGAUACCCAACACCAGGCACUGCGAAUCCAGAAGUUCAGCUGUGGAUAGUCGACAUAACGAAUUUUACGUCCAUAAAUAAAGUGAAGUUAAUGCCGCCACCUUCCCUUAGUAAACAAGAUUAUUACUUAACAUCAGCUGGCUGGGUAUCUGGUAGUAAUAAUCAAGUAUCUGUAGUUUACAUGGUGCGCUCACAAAAUUAUAGUAUAAUAGCAACGUGCUCAAAGGAUACAAAUUGGUCAUGUGCAGAAAUUCACUCUGAGCGCGCACCGGAAGAUGAAUGGUUAGAUAUUUUUCCGCAUCCUGUAUUUGCUCCAGAUGGAAACAGUUUCUUACUACUAGCUGGCGUUCAGGAAUCGGGAAACGAUCAUUUUACUCACAUAAAACACAUAACAAUAUCGCAGCAAAGAAUUUCUGUAAUAUCCCACGGCCGUUAUGAGGUUUUAAAAAUUUUGUGUUGGGAUACAACGAAUCAUGUAGUGUACUAUCUUGCUACGCAAGAUAAAAAGCCUGGACAAAGGCAUUUGUAUUUAGUGAAGGAUCCCGUGCAUGAUGAUACCAGAAAAAGCGAGCCACAGUGUAUAACAUGCGAUUUAGGCGAAGCUUUAUGGAGUAGUAGAUAUUAUUAUACAAAUUGUUCCCAUUUUGAUGCAUUCAUAACACCAUCAAAUAGAUUAGCAACAAACUAUGGAAUUGAUUUCUACAUCCUUGAGUGCCAAGGUCCAGGAUUACCGGUAUCUGGGGUGCAUACGCAGAGGACGCACAGCCUUGUGAAAAUAUUAUAUGAUACGCGACCAUUUUACACAGAAAGGUUACAAAAACUAGCACUCCCAAUACAAAGAUCAUUUGAAAUACCAUUACCGCAUGGUAGUCGGGCGCAAGUGCAAUUGCUUUUGCCCCCAAGCUGGCGAGAGGAACUCAGAGAUGCAGCAUUUCCUGUUGUUGUCGAAGUCAAUGGCCGGCCGGGUUCCGAGUCUGUUUCCGAAAAGUUUAGAAUAGACUGGGGAACGUACAUGUCCUCAAGAAAUGAUGUUAUUUAUGUACGCUUGGAUGUUAGAGGAGCAAAGGGCCAAAGCAAAAAGUCUUUAUAUCGUCAUUUGGGGGGAGUCGAAGUUCAAGAUCAAAUAUCUGUUUUGAGAUAUCUAUUGGAUACCAUAAGCUUCUUGGACGAAACGAGAGUUGGUAUUUGGGGCUGGGGCUAUGGAGGAUAUGUGACCUCUAUGGUUUUGGGAACUCAGCAAGAUGUCUUUAAAUGCGGCAUAUCGAUUUCCCCUAUUGCAGAUUGGUUAUAUUAUAAUUCUGCGUUUACUGAACGCAUAUUAGGUCUACCCGCGGAAAACUAUAAAGGAUACGUAGAAGCUGAUGCAACUCAACGUGCUCGACUUAUUAAAUCAAAUUCUUUUUUUUUAAUUCACGGCUUAGCAGACUCCACAGCACCCUACGUCCAUGGUGUUCAAUUAGCAAAAUCAUUAACAGAAGCGAAUAUAUUAUAUCGAUAUCAGACUUAUGCUGAUGAAGGUCAUGAACUUAAUGGAGUCUUAGAGCAUGUAUACUCUUCAAUGGAGCAUUACUUUGCAGAAUGCUUGAGCUUGGAUCCAGAUGAUACUAAGCCAGAUUUGGAUCAAAAUAUGGUACCUGCAGAGUAGCAGGGCUAGAAAACCUUGGCAAUGUACAUAGAGUAGACUUAUUAUUAUAACACAGAAUUUGAACUGUUAUACCAUUAUAUUUAGAUACGUUGCAAUGUAUGGUUGUUUUCAAAUGAAAGAAAUCGAAAAAUCGAAAUAUGGCUCAUAAAUUGCUUUAUACUAAUACUAGAAAUAGUACUUAUGCCACAAGAUUUAAAGUUACACAAAAUAUCUUUCGAUCGACGGUUGUAUUGUGUACUUACUGUAAAUUUUUUAAAUAUUUUAUAAAAUCUUAAGGGCAUAUAACUUCCCCAGAGCCACGUACACGUUGGAGCUAAUUACAUGCUUCCUUCUCUAGUCCUUCCCAAACAUAUACAUAUAUAUAUAUAUAUA